GGACGUGUAGCACAAGUAUAGCCCUCUUUGGGACACAUUUGAGCGCAUUUUGGAUACAACUCUUCACGUAUUGAAUCCAUUGAAUCCCAAAAUGUUUGAAUCCAUUCUCAACGCAAUACCACAUCAUAUGGACUUCGAUGGCCAGAGACGGGCCGAGAGAUACUUCCAACUGAUUAUCGUUGUGUUUGCCGUGUCGGGUCUGGUCUGGGGGUAUGCCGUCCAGCAGUUCUCGCUCACUGUCUACACAUUGGGCGCCGGUUUCGUAUUGGCAUCACUGCUAACACUGCCUCCGUGGCCGAUGUAUCGCCGCAAACCACUUCAGUGGCAAAAACCCAAAACUAGUGAUUCCGGCGCCAAGUCCGCGAAGAAGAAGAAGUGAAGUAUUGAUUUAAACACUAAAUGUACAAAAGCUUGAGUUUAUGUCAUGUCUUGAAAAUUGCGAUAAUUUGAAAGCUUUUAAUACAUUUCCGCAAAUGAUUUCUCAUUGCUUUGUCUCAUAAGUAUUGCUCUCAAGAAAUGAAAACCCGAUUUUAAAUUUAAUUUUUGAUAUUUAUUUGUAAUUUGUGUUGAGGUCUGGGAGAACAUCCCAUUCCUUAUAUUCGAUAGAAUUUUAUAUUUAAUAAUAAAAACAAUAUUCAAUUGAUUUUCAAAAA